AUGGGGCCGGCUCAAGAGGGUCCCCCGGCCGAGGUGGAGGAGCUGGAGCUGCCCUCGGAGGCCCAGGAACCCUGCCUGGAGCCCGACCUGCCCUCGGAGCGGGACAGCGGCCCCUCUGGCUGCCCCUGCUGCGGCUCCUGCGCCUCUUGUUUGCGAGGAAGUUUCCCCUGGAGACCGCGAGUGCCCGGAAUAAAGAAGAAGCGUGCCUGCCCAGGACUUGGAUUGUUCUAUACCGUCUUGUCAGCAUUUUUUUUCGCUGUGGCUUCUUUAUUUCUGAAGAAAAUUCAAAAUCUGCACGCAGUGGAAGUCAGUGCCAUUAGAUGUAUUUUCCAAAUGUCAUUUGUUCUUCCUGGUAUGAUAUACCAGAAAACAGGAUUUUUUGGACCAAGAAACAAACUAGUGUUCCUUUUCUUCCGAGGACUGUUUGGCUCCUCUGCGAUGAUUCUUCUUUAUUAUGCUAUCCAAGUGAUGCCUCUUGCUGAUGCUAUUGUCAUUACUUUCAGCAGUCCCGUUUUUACAUCAUUGUUUGCCUGGAUAUUUCUCAAAGAGAAAUAUAGUCUUUGGGAUCUUCUGUUCACUCUUUUUACUAUCACUGGAGUGAUAUUGAUUGCAAGACCACCUUUUCUGUUUGGAUCCAAAGUUUUGGGAAUUGAAGGAGAGUACACAGAUCAUCUCAGAGGAUCAAUAGCAGCACUUGCAAGCGCAGUAGCUAUGGCUUCAACUUUUGUUAUACUAAGAAAGGUGGGGAAAUCGGUGCAUUACUUUUUAUCCAUUUGGUACUAUGCAGUCAUUGGGUUAAUAGUGUGUUUGAUAGCACUUUUUGCAAUGGAUGUCUGGGCUUUACCCAACUGUGGUAUAGAGAGACUUCUUCUGAUAUUAAUUGGACUGUUGGGACUCGCUGGUCAAAUAUUUAUUACAAAAGCAUUACAAAUAGAGAACGCAGGUCCUGUGGCUAUAAUGAAAACAAUGGACGUGGUGUUUGCUUUUAUUCUUCAAAUGCUUUUUCUCGAUCAGUUACCAACCUGGUGGACUGUAGGAGGCGCCCUUUGUGUUAUUGCUAGCAGUUCCGGCACUGUCAUACGGAAGUGGCAUCAAAAUUCCAGAAAACGUACUCUAAGUGUAAAUGAAAUUUAGGAAGCUUGAACCUGUUUCAUUGCUAAAAACACAGCAGAGAUUUUAAAUAUUCAUUUUAAAUAAUGCACUUACUGUCCCAGGUUUCCCCAUAAUCAUACUUACUUAUCAGAGCAGGAGUAGAUGCCAUGACUCACUGCUUUGUAUACGUGCCUUACUCCGACAUUUUGUUUUUUUAUAUCCAAGAAGCUUUUGACAACAACCUUGUUCUGUAACAAGAACAAUGUCUUCUAAAAGGGAUGAUUGAAUAUGGCAUGGAGAUCUACCGCACAGUGUAAAAAUACAAAACAAAAUCUGUUCUGCAUCCUUGAAUUCUCGAGUGCAUCUAAAGUAGUAAUUUGGGUCCUAGCCAUAAUUUCUGAUGCCGUGCAUCUCUAUUGUGUAUGUCUUUAUAGCGCUAGUUCAUCAAAACCAGUUUAAAUGUUGAUGGGAAAUGUAUAGAAGAAAGAACGAUCGAAAUUCAUUUACUGGUCUUCUUUCUCUACCUCAGUUGUAACUUGAAAAGCUAACUCAAAGCUUAAUUUCUGCUCUUUUCUGAACAAUUUCUGAGCACCUGGGAUUCUAACAGCUUAUUUGGAAAGAGAAGCCAAAUACCAUUUCACAACAGAAGUAGAAACAUCAGUGAAGUGUUCUUUACCAUUUUCCACUUCUGUACAACGUAUGAAGUGUCUGGGUUGCUGUGAGUUUUCUGAAUUGUAUGGCCAUGUUCCAGAAGCAUUCUCUCCUGAUGUUUUGCCCACAUCUAUGGCAGGCAUCCUCAGAGAUUGUGAGGUCUGUUAGAAACUAGACAAGAGGGAUUUAUAUAUCUGUGGAAUGUCCAAGGUGGGGGAAAGAACCCUUGUCUGUUUGAGGCAAGAAUGAAUGUUGCAAUUGGCCAUCUUGAUUAACAUUGAAUAGCUUUGCAGCUUCAAAGCCUGUUUCCUGCCUGGGUGGAUUCUUUGUUGGGAGGUGUCAGCUAGCCCUGAUCGUUUUCUCUCUGGAAUUCCCUUGUUUUCCAAGCAUUGUUCUUUAUUUACUGUUCUGAUUUUAGAGUUUUUUUUAAAUACUGGUAGCCAUAUUUUGUUAAUUUUCAUUGUUUUCUCCUUUCUGUUGAAACAAUCAGUGUCAGCUAACACCUCCUACCAAAGGAUUCCCUCAGGCAGGAAGCAGCCAGGCUUUGAAGCUGCAAGGCCAUCCAAUGCUAAUCAAGAUGACCAAUGCAACAUUCACACUUGACUCAGACAAGAGUUCUUUCUCCCACCCUGAACCUUCCACAGGUAUAUAAAACUCACUUGUCUAGUUUCCAACAGACCUCGCAAUCUGUGAGAAUACCUGCCAUAGACAUGGGCGUAAUGUCAAGAGAGAAUGCUUCUGGAACAUGGCCAUACAGCCCGUAAAACUCACAGCAACUCAGUGAUUCCAGCCAUGAAAGCCUUUGGCAACACAUAUGAAGUGUCUGUUGCAUUGAUAAUAAUAUUAGCAUUAAACCAAAGACUUGUUGGACUGAGCUGUGCCUGGUACACAUUUUAAUGCAAUCACAUUUUAAUGUGACCAAGCUUGUACCAGUACAAACUGAACAUAAACUGAGUAUGCAGUUUAUAUUUAGUUUGUACUCUUACAAGCAAUGAGACAGGAUCAUUUAGAUUGACCAUUGUUCUAAAACCACCUUAUGAUACAUGUACAAACCCAUUUAAAAAUAAAAAAAUAGACUGAUACUGUGUGCUAUAUAAAGUUACUCGACUUUAACUAUUUUUGUCAAAAUGUUUGAUACAAGUUCAUCAAAUACAAAGCUUUCUUUCUCUACAAAUUAGGGGACGGGGAUCCAUGGGUUUUUCCCCAUUGAGCCUUGAAAGAAAUUUUUUAUUUAAAACUAUGUAUUGGUUUUGAUAGUUGCUUUUCUACAUUUUGUAUCUGUAGUGAUGAAAUAUUUAUACCUCUUUUUUAAAGAAGUUAUUCCUAAGUAGACAGAGCAAAUCCACAUCGGCUGUUAACUUUCACUUUCUACAAUUUGAACAAAGAAGAACAUUGUGGGUGAAAUCCCGCAAUAUCAGUCUGCCAACAGAACACACUAGGGCUGGAUCUACACUGCCAUAUAAAACCCAGAUUAUCUGUCUUAAACUGGAUUAUAUGGCAGUGUAGACUGAUAUAAUCUAAUUCAGAGCAGAUAAUGUGGAUUACCUGCUUUGAUUAUCUAGAUUAUAUUGCAGUGUGGAUCCAGCCUGAGUUCACCUAUUUCCUAAAGUUUCUUCAACCUCCCCACAAAAUUUGCUCUGGAAUUUGGAGGACCCUCCAGAAUAAAUAAAAAAGGCAAGGGUGUGGGAGAAGAAGCAGGAAGAAUCUCACUUUGUCAGUAGACAUCUGGUUAUACAACUUUGAAUCCAGUCAAUUGAGUAAUGUGGCAGUUCCUCUCAAUGCAGUUUUGUUUAAGACUGUGCAAAAUGUUCUUAUUUUGCUCUUCAAUUAAAGCAGCAGUUCCUUGUCAGUUAUGAGAGAGUUGGACUUAAGAGUGAAACAAGUUUUAGGUUAAACCCAUGCCUGCUAACAAUGGGAUGAACCAGGAGCUGAAACUUUCCAAAGACAAAAAACAAGUUGUUACUCUGAGAGUGCAGCAAUAUUGUUGUGCUUAUCAAUUUAAAUCCAAGUGUUUGGUCAGAAUUGCUUAAGCAUUGGCUCUUUUUUUCUUGCCAACCUGCCAUGAUAAUAUAGAGAUGUAUGUUGUUUAUAGUAAUGACAAAAACUACCUAAUGGAGAUUCCAUAACGGACCAUACCUUCAAAGUAUUUUGUUAUGGAAUUUCUAUUCAAAUAAAUGGAUAAUCAUUAGGCUAUUCAAUUUCACUAAGGCCCCUUCUACACUGCUAUAGAAUCUAUAUUAUGAAAGCAGAUCAUCAACAUUAUCUGCUUUGAACUGGAUUAUAUGUGUCUACACUGCAAUAUAAUCCAGUUCGAAGCAGAUAAUCUGGAUUUUAUAUUGCAGUGUAGAAGGGGCCUAAGAGUUACUAUGCAUUGGUAUGGAAUAGAUGCUGUAUUAUAUGUGCUUUUGUUGUGACAAAGCUGUGUACAGCAUAACGUAUUCAAUUGCAGAAUGUACACACACACACACACACUAGAACUUGGAUAAAUUGAUUUUUUUAAAUCAAAAAAACUUGUGUAUUAGUUGUAUGCACAUUUGAUUGUAUACUGUUUUAUAUUGAUGAUUGUCUACUGUUUCAUGAUGACAGCAUAUCUAUUGACAAAUUGGUCAGUCUAACCACAAAUCUUAUUAUAAAGUGAAAAACCUUAUUAUUUCCUUCUUGUUGCUUAUUGCUUUCUCAGCAGCAUUAUUAUUUAGCAUUUGCGUAGUCCAAGGCUAAUUCCUGUGUCUAGGUUAGAUGGAUGCAUUUGUCACCACUUAAAAGAAUAGAUUAGUGUACGAAAGAUAUAAUCUGCCAGCGAUUGUAUUUAUAAAAGCCAACACAAAACACAGCUUUAUUUUCAGACUGUUUGAUGCUAAAGAUAUCAGGCAAUUUUGAUAACAUAGAAAGAAUAUACAUAUCAACAUCAUUAAUUAUUCCAUCUUCAAGUGUUCUCAUUUAUUAUAAGCAAUACAGAAGGGGGCUAUUUCAUUUAUAACUUUUAUAGUCGUACCUUGUUUUAAAACUAAACAAUUUUGAUCUGUCUUCUAAUGCAGUAUAACUGUAGAAAAAUCUGUUGAAAUUAGAGUUUAAAAACAACUAGAAUCUUAAUAUGGUAGUUAAUUUUAAAUCAAGGCAUUAUAGGGUUUUUUUACACUCAAAACACCCAUUAAAAUUGCUCUUGAAUGGAGUAUGCUCUUCAUAGGUCUGUCACUUAGGUGACUGGGCUUUUCAAGUUAAGGUGUUAUAAGGAAUGUGUGGGCUUUGCAGACUUGCCUCCUUCCCCCAUUUAAGUAAUAUUUAGUUAAAGGAAUAACAUGAUGUGAUGUUGGCCAGGUUCACACAUGGACAAGCGGGAAUUGUACUGCUGUAGACAAGCAAGCCUGUGUAUUCGCUUUUCCUCCCUAGUCAUGCCUAGAUACCAAAGAGAGGUGGGAGCAGCAGCUACACAAAUCACAAAGUUUUCAUCUCUGGUUUGUUUAAUGUGACAUCUGAAACCGCAGCAGCACCUGGUUCUGUGAUAUGUUUCACCAUUGACAGACACAGAAAUAACCCAUGAUUUAUUCAGUUGUGAGAGAUCCAGCUGUGACUAGGUUCGUAUCAUAAUACACAUCAGAUAUCAUGCUCAAUAAACUGCAGUGCUGAUGCAAGUGGGAGCAAUCAGGUGUAGGAAGCAGCACAUUUGAUAGAAGUACUAUAUUUUGAAUUGUUUUUGUAGAUUAAUCGAUAGUGUGUCAUUAAAUUCAACCAAUACUUUUUCCCAAUUAAAAAAAAAAUCUUUUCACGUUCCCACCAUAAAUGCAUAUAACUCCCAGUUUUUUUAUUGCAUCUCCAUUGAUAGACUGUUUCUUUUAUUAUAACUUAACAUUAUUAGAGUCAUGUACCAUCUACAAUUCGUUUUAUAACAAUUCUCUUUAAUUCUCAUGAACAUAUUUUUCAUAAUUCUUUGUUUCCAAUUUAUCCUCUGUAAUAUUGAUUCCUAAGUCCCUUUCCCAUUUAUUUUUUGUUCCAAAUUGUAUUGGAUCACUUUUUAUCAUUAUUUUAUACAUUUUAUUUACUAAUCCUUUUGCUACUUCCCCAGUCCCAUUCUGUAUUAAUUAAUUCUUCAAAUUUUGAUAAUUUUCUUUUCUAGAGACUUUGUAAUUUGUGUUUUUGUUCAUUUAAACAUAACUCUUGCCAUGCUCAGAAUUUCUGUCCCAUUCAAAUGAGAAAAUACUGGAAACUUGGGAAAUAUUUGAAUGCAAGCCUUAUGUGUCAGUGGGACUUUCUCACUGAUAGGUAUGCAUAGCAGAUUUAGGAUAUCUAUGGCCUACCAUAUGUCCUUCACCUAUAGCGCCCAUCAUCCUUCACCAUUGCAUAUCUUGCUAGGAUCCAUACAAUUCCACAACAUCUGCUAUAAAGGAUAGCACGUGAACUGACAGAUUUAAGGUUCUGGUUAAACACGGAAAGAAACUCCUGGGAAUAAGAACUGGCCAACAAUGAAACAGAUGUCAGAACAUGGUGAAUUCCUCUGUUGGAGGUUUUUCAAUAGAGGUUAGAUGGCCCCUUAUCUGGGAGCCCUUCCACACAGCCACAUAACCCAGAAUAUCAAGUCAGAAUAACCCACAAUAUCUGCUUUGAAUUGGAUUAUCUGAGUCCACACUGCCAUAUAUCCUAUUUCAAAGCAGAUAAUGUGGGAUUUUAUUCAGCUGUGUGGAAGGGGCCUGGGAUACCUUAGUAGUGGAUUCCUGCACUGAGCUAGCGGUUUGACGAGAUGGCUCUUGGAGUCCUUCCCAGCUCUCCAUCUGAAGGGUCAUGCAUUCCUCAUCCUAGUAUAUCGUAUCACAUCUUAGUGGGAAAGUUAUGGUGCUCCAUGCAGUCAUGCUAGCCACAUGAUCUUGGAGACGUCUACAGACAACGCUGGCUCUUCAGCUUAGAAAUGGAGAUGAGCACCAACCCCUAGACUCGGACACGAGUAGACUUGAUGUCAGGUGAAAACCUUUACCCUAAAAAGUCACAAUCUCCACCACCAUCCCUUUGCUUUGAACCAGUGAGCUAAAUUCAUAGCCAAUCUCCAGGGUUAUUUAAGGAUUCUGGACCUGUGCAGAGCUACAUUUAGAAUUCCACACAGCUAGACGGGUGUUUUGGCAGGGUGAUUAUUCCCACUGUCAGUGUACACACAAAGAAAUGUGACAUCUGUCUCCCUUCUUGCUCAGCUUCUUUUUGGUGCAGCAGUACCAGCAUGAAGGUCAUUUAUCUCUUUUUUUUCUCUUGCGUGUGAGUGAGGACUUUUUCUUUUAUUUGCAUUUUGUCUUCAUUUGUCAUGUUUUCAUUUAUCAUUUGCUUUGUUUUUUAACCUUUUUAGCACUGUUAAAAGGGGGGCAGCAUGAAUCAGAGGAGCAAUAUAAUGAUCUGCAAUGGUUUGGUAUUGUUAACUGCCAUCAAGACAACUUAAACUUGGAGCAACCCUAUGAAUAAAAGAUCUCUCAAGUCAACCUAACAUCAACAGCGCUGCUCAGGUUCUGCAGACUCAGGGAAGUGGCUUCCUUAUUGAGUCUAUCUAUCUGAAAUUCAUUCAUACUCUUCUUACUGCCUUAAAUCUUCCCAAAACUUAAUGUCUUUUCUACUGAGUCUUGCCUUCUCAUGAUAGAUACAGCAGCCUCUGUUUAAUCAUCUUGGCUUGAUUUAAUGUAGGACCUUGUACGGUUUCGGUCCAGGCUAUCUGGCAGACUACAGGCAGUCCCCAAGUUACAAACAAGAUAAGUUCAAUAGCAGUUGGAUCCCAACCUGUGGUCCGUGGACCACCAGUGGUCUGCAAGAACUAAAAUAUGGACUGCAGCCUCGCAGUUACUACUACAGAUAAUAACACAGCCCAAAAGAAAAAAAAAUGUCUUGGCGUCUUUGUUUUUAGGCCUGUUCUUGGGUUAUUUGGGGUGCUGAUUCAGAAAAUUGCAUUGGGUAGACUACAUCCACUCUAGAUUAUUAAAUAUGGUUUUCUGUGCGCGACUGCUGGAUGGCAUAUAUUCUGUAUCAGAAACUAGAGCUGAUGUAGUCUAUCCAAUGCAAUUUUCUGAAUCAGCAUCCCAAGUAACCAAACCGAAUCUAAAGUUGACCAAAACUGAUUUGUAACCCUUUUGAUAUUAAUGUUGGAGAGUGUUCUCUGAUCAAAGUGGUCCCUGGUCAAAUGUCAACUGGUCAAAGUGGUCCCUGAUCAAAAAAAGGUUGGGAACAACUGUUCUAUAAGUUUGUUCUUUAGUUGAAUUUCUAUGUAAGUGUUCCGUCCCCCAGAGGUUUGUUUUGCAUUUUUUCAUAGUUAUAGAAAAUAGCACCCGUUUGCAUUUGCUCCAGGGUUGCUGCAGAUUCUGCAACAGUCUUGAUAGUUAGGAUAUUAGCAGAGUUUAUAGCCAGUUUGCAAAGCCUUGCUGCUAUAGGCUUGAAAUGUAUCAUUUUGUUCUGGAGACCGCCCCUUUUCCUGGGGAUAGAAGGCUCCAUUUUGAGAAGCCUAUUCUGCCUUCUAGACUGAAGGAGAAACAGCAUAGAUGUGCUUGUGUGGCCAAGCCAGGCCAACUCUGAAAAGGCCAUCGUAAGUACAAACAAAUGACGCCUUUAUAAACCAGUGCCAAGCAUAGAUAGGGGAAAGACCUGUUCUUUCUCAUAGCUUUGGCACUGGGGCAGAGAACAUCUUUUGAUUUCUUUGCCACUGGAGGAAGCUCUACCAACUUCACCUCAAAAACUAGCUUUGAGCUUAGAUAGUUAUAGAUCUUUUGAAAGCAGCUCUGAGCUAGGGUGAAGAGGAUCUCUGGACCUCUUUGCUUUUGGUGGAAGUUAACCCAGCAACCUAAAGGGGGAAAGCAAGCAAGGAACAUCUGCAAGGUUUUAUAAGUGGACUGUUUUUAUUUGCAACUUUAAUUACAAGUGCCAAGUCUGCCAAGGACUUUGUGAAAAUAAAAUUUUGUUGGAUUGUUCUACUUGAAGUGCCUUUGGUUACUGGGAUUUCCAGAGCUUCUAAGUAAGGCCCCCGCAGUUCAUCUGGGCAAAGGAAGAAGCACAUCCUAAAGCUUAAAAAGGUGCCUGGAUGUGACGGCAUAGUAAGUCAGAACAGGUGUAUGUGUUAAGUGUAACUGAGGUGGGGACCACCGACCACUACUGCUUAGAGCACUCUUAACUUGUUUUGAAAGUAAGCAUGCAGUAUAUAUUUGCUUCUCAACAUUACAUGCAAACACUUGUGUUCUUUUUGAGUCACAUAGUAGAAGUGAUUUCUAGUAGCCGCAGGAGCUAAAAUGUGGCUUUAUGUGAAUGUUAAGGGUGGAGUGUGGGCUCUGGCUUUUUGGUUACUAUCUUGUUUAUUUCCUACACAUCACAUCCCCCCACCCUGUGUGACACUCCAGCUGUUUUAAGAGUUCAGUAUUUCAGAUCCUUAUUAGCUGAUGAGUUCAAUCCUGUGCAUGUUUACUUUGAGAUGUUCUGCGAUAUAUAAUACAUGCUAAGCUGUAAUUAUCCCACAAGUCUACCACAUAUGCAGUACCAUAUGGGACUUGUUUCAAGCUCAUAAGCACUUAAGUGAUCAACGUUUCUUAUUAUCACAAAGCUUUAUGGAGUGAAAAUACUAUCCGUUCAUCACAUUUUAACGUUUCUUAUGUGCAAAGUAGAUUUGAAUAGUAUCCCCUCCUUCCAACUUCCCCCUUCCAAUUGGCCUGUUUUUUCUAAAGUAAUUGCGCUUUUUUGUCCCUUUUCUCUACCAAACAUAUUUGAGAGGUUGUGUACCUUUAUUCAGAGACAGAGUACCUCUGUAGUCUAUUUCAGCUGUUUAGCAAGGAGUUAUUUUAUUUUUCUCCUUCCCAGAGCUGUUUAUUCAACCAGAAACUAUUACCUACUAUUAUCUGGACCUCUUUUUAUGACCUAUAGUACUAUUUGUUGAUCACAGGAAGGUGCAUUAAUGGAUCUUUUUGCUUGUAAAGUGGAAUUCCAUUAGAUCAGUAUCAGCAUUGUUACAGAUAUCAGGCAACAGACCAUUUACUCCUAACUGGCAAAACAAGGAAACUACAAUCUCAGUUGAUGAACUAGGUUUUUCUGUUUUGUAAUAGAACUAUCAUGCAAGACCAACAACCAUACACAGAGACUGGCUUCACUUCUUAAUAUCUUUGGAAGUUAAGUCUACUAUACCUAAGACUCACAUACUGUUAUAUUGCUAGCUAGAGAUUUGCAAAGGUUUUAUGCGCUGAAAGCUUCAAAGCUCAAAUGACUGCCUCAAGGGUGCAUUAAAGUAUUUUGUAAAACCAAGGAAUUAAAUCAGAUGUCCUAUGCACUUUUUUCAUAGACUCUGUAUUGCAGGUUGUUACACUAUUUUUUGCAUUUUUUAAGGAUUUUAUAGUAGAUGGAAUUAUAUUUUUGAAAGAUGAACUUUUUAAUUCCUGGAUCUUGAAUUAUAAAGAAUACUGUCAUAUAAGGUAUUAUAUGAUUUCAUAAAUUUUAAUAAAUAUGAAAAAAUCAA